AUGAGUACUUUCCAUACUUCCUUUGAUACGAACACUGUAAAUGUGAAUGUAUUAAUAGCUAGUCUUGGAUCUACCCUUCGGAAUAAGAAGGAUGCUCUUGAGAACGUUCACACUAGAAUUCAAUUUGCCAAUACAGAGUUUCAGACCUUUAUCUCUUCCAAAAUAGACAAGCUUUAUGAAGAUUUGGCUGUUGAGAACAAAAUAAUGGAUAAGAUUUCUGUCAAAAUAGAGAAUGUGAAAGUUUUAUUGGUCAAGCUCGCUCAUGCUAAUCGGCGAAUUGACGAUCUUUUGUCUAAAAAAGAUGCUAUGAAGAGUUGCAUUGCUGAUGUGCAUGCUUACUUGAACAAUUUCAAUGAGACUCGUGAUACUCUAAUCACAAAAUCUGUAAGAAAGCAUCUAGUUGAUAAGCUUCGGCCUGUGUUCGCAAUGCUAAACAGGAUGGAAGGUGUUUCGGAAUCUGGCACACUUCCGAAAUAA